AUUGUUGGCCCUCUGCAUUAGCAUUCCCCCUGCUGGCCCUGCUCCCACCGAUCCCCGCCAGCUGAGAUCUCCGGCCAGAUGCCAUCUACCAUCUGCCAUCCACCAUCCACCAAUCCGCACCAAUUUCGGGCGAGAGCCGCCAACUAUAAAUGCAGACUGGGGCUCCGAGUUCAUCAUCAGUUAAUCGGUUACGUUCGCUAGGUGCACCUCAUCCACUCCCAGACUCGCUUGUGACCUCAGUGAAGAUGAAACCCUUCGCCUUUGUUGUUCUGGCUGCCCUCUGCCUGACCUUUGCCCAAGGUCGUCCGGCCCAUCACUACCUUCCGCCCCUGCCGGUCAAGGAGGCGGUGUCGGUGGCGCCCACCUUCCAGCAGGUGGUCCAGCCCCAGAUCCAGAGCCAGGUGCAGCAGGUGGUGCAGCAGGUCCACCACCAGAUCCAUCCCCAGGUGGAGUCCAUUCAGGCCUCCAUUCCCCUGGCCAGCUUCACCAUCCAGUCGGGCGGACAGUACCAAAGUGCUCCAGCUCCGAUCUCGAUCCCAGCUCCAGCUCCGAUCUCGGUCCCAGCUCCGGCUCCUGCUCCUGUUGUGAUUAAUGCUCCAGCUCCAGUUGUGAUCCCAGCUCCUGCUCCCGCUCCCGUCGAGAUUCCCCAGCCAGCUCCCCAGGUGAUCUAUGAGGCUCCCAAGCCCAUUGUGGCCACCCAGACGGCUGUGCAGAACGCCUACCUGCCUCCUGCUCCCGUCCAGCAGUUUGUUCCAGCGCCCGAGCCCGUCGUAGAGACCAUUGUCCAGCAGCCAGCUCCUCAGGAGACCAUCGCCUACUCGGCACCAGCUCCAGCUCCAGUUGUAGUGUCCGCACCAGCUCCAGUGCCAGUUCCGGUGCCCGUGCCCGUUGUCCAUGAGCAGCACCAGGUGGUGCAGCAGACCUACUCUGCUCCUGUCCAGCAGACCUACUCCGCUCCAGCUCCUGUCCAGCAGACCUACUCCGCUCCUGCUCCUGUCCAGCAGACCUACUCCGCUCCAGCUCCUGUCCAGCAGACCUACUCCGCGCCAGCACCAGUGGUUCAACAGUAUUCCGCACCAGCUCCAGCUCCAGCUCCAGUAGUCCAGCAAACAUACUCUGCUCCUGCCCCUGCUCCAGUCCAGAUCCAGGAGCCAGUCUACACGGCCCCUGCUCCCGCUCCUGUGCAGGUCCAGGAAUCAGUUUACACUGCCCCAGCUCCAGUGGCUCAGCAGACAUACUCAUACCCCGCCCCUGUGGUCCAACAGGCUCCAGUCAUUCAGCAAGCUCCAGUGGUCCAGGAGGUGACCCAGCAGGCUCCCAUUCAGGAGGUCGUUCAGCAGGCUCCAGUCAUCCAACAAGCUCCAGUGAUCCAACAGGCCGCUCCAGCUCCAGUGGUUCAACCGUAUUCCGCACCAGCUCCUGCUCCAGUCGUCCAACAAACUUACGCAGCUCCUGAGCCUGUUCAGCAGGUCAUCCCACAGCAGCAGUACAGUGGUUACUCCUACCAGGCUCCUCAGCCUGCUCCAGUGGUGAUUCCCGCUCCUGCUCCAGCUCCAGUUGUGAUCCCCGCUCCUGCUCCAGCUCCAGUGGUUACCCCAGCUCCUGCUCCAGCUCCAGUUGUGAUUCCCGCUCCUGCUCCAGUUGUGAUCCCAGCUCCUGCUCCAGCUCCAGUGGUUAUCCCAGCUCCUGCUCCAGCUCCAGUGGUGAUCCCCGCUCCUGCUCCAGCUCCAGUGGUUAUCCCAGCUCCUGCUCCAGCUCCAGUUGUAAUCCCAGCUCCUGCUCCAGCUCCAGUGGUGAUCCCUGCUCCUGCUCCAAUCCAACUGCAGCAGUCAUUUGUGCCCGCCCCACCGGCUCCCAUCGAAAUCCAAGCCCAGCCCGCACCCCAGCCCAUCGUACAGUACACUCCUUCCGUUUCUAUUCCCGCUCCCGCUCCCGUGGAGGUCGGCACCACCUACGCCGCCAACGGAGGAUACCUGUACAAAUAAGAGAUGCCCGUGAACGGACCCCGGGCGGAGGUCCGAACUCGCAUCGAGUUGGGGCGCCGAAGGCCAACCAGGCCGAUGGGUUCAUCCGAACUUAAUGUUACGUAGCCAAUUUCUAGCACCAAUUUUUUUGUUACUCUUUUUGUUAAACACAUUUUUGUUAACAAUAAAGUGUUUUUUGUUAUAUAAGAGAGGAAACUUAUUGGGGAGGAAGACCAACAGGGGAGACAAGCUCUCGAGGAUCUAUCCUCGGACAUACAGAAGUUGUGGCAUUCUCAGUUACUUAGUUGAAGGAUACAGAAAAUGAAACAAGAAUAGAUGUGUGGGCAGACGGACAAGAUUAAUACUUUCUACUUCCGAAUCGA